GUGGCGCGCACUCGGCCCAUGUCCUCGGCGCCGCCGCGCUCGCCCACCCCGAGAGCCCCCAGGAUGAAGAAGGACGAGUCGUUCCUGGGCAAGCUGGGCGGCACGCUGGCCAGGAAGAAGAAGGCCCGGGAGGUGAGUGACCUACAGGAAGAAGGCAAAAGUGCCAUCAACUCACCCAUGUCCCCUGCCUUGGUGGAUGUUCACCCUGAAGACACCCAGCUAGAGGAGAAUGAGGAGCGAACCAUGAUCGACCCCACCUCCAGGGAGGACCCCAAGUUCAAGGAGCUGGUCAAGGUGCUGCAGCAGUGGAUCAACGACGUGCUGGCGGAGGAGCGGAUCAUCGUGAAGCAGCUGGAAGAGGACCUAUAUGAUGGCCAGGUGCUGCAGAAGCUUCUGGAAAAGCUGGCGAACUGCAAGCUGAAUGUGGCCGAGGUGACACAGUCCGAGAUUGGGCAGAAGCAGAAGCUGCAGACGGUUCUGGAAGCUGUGCAUGACCUGCUGCGGCCUCACGGCUGGCCGCUGCGGUGGACUGUGGACUCCAUCCACAGGAAGAACCUGGUAGCCAUCCUGCACCUCCUUGUCUCCUUAGCCAUGCACUUCAGGGCCCCGAUCCGCCUUCCCGAGCACGUCACCGUGCAGGUGGUGGUCGUCCGGAAGCGGGAAGGCCUGCUGCAUUCCAGCCACAUCUCAGAGGAGCUGACCACAACCACAGAGAUGAUGAUGGGCCGGUUUGAGCGAGAUGCCUUCGACACACUCUUCGACCACGCGCCCGACAAGCUCAACCUGGUGAAGAAGUCUCUCAUCACGUUCGUGAACAAGCAUUUGAACAAGCUGAAUUUGGAGGUGAACGACUUGGAGACCCAGUUUGCAGAUGGUGUGUACCUGGUUCUGCUCCUGGGCCUCCUUGAGGACUACUUUGUCCCCUUGCACAACUUCUACCUGACCCCAGACAGCUCUGAUCAGAAGGUCCACAAUGUGUCAUUUGCCUUUGAGCUGAUGUUGGAUGCCGGGCUUAAGAAACCGAAGGCUCGCCCUGAAGAUGUGGUGAACUUGGACCUGAAGUCCACGCUGCGGGUCCUUUACCACCUGUUCACCAAGUACAAGGAGGUGGAGUGACGGGAGCAGCGGACAAAACAGCGGGUCCAUCUACCUGUCUAUACCACCCGUUGGCCUGUACCUCAAGCUUCCUGUCCCAGCUUUGUGACCACCCCUUCCCCUCCCCUGGUUUGGUGGUUGUUCUUUUUGUUGUUUUGGUUUUUUUUGGUUUUCUGAGGUAGGGUCUCACUGUAGCCCAGGCUGACCUGGAAUUCACUACGUAGUCUCAGGGUGGCCUCGAACUCACGGUGAUCCACCUACCUCUGCCUCCCGAGUGCUAGUUUUUGUUCUUAAUCACCUCCCCUCCCCUCGCUAGUCCCCAGCAGGCGGGUGAAGCCUUUGAAAACACAGCAUUCUAAACAUCCGCACGCUGGGUUCGAGGCCUCACUGCUUCUUUGCUGAUUCAGCUGUUCUUUGCCUUCAUCAAGAGAUGAAAAAGGCAAAAACAGCUCCAUCCUCAGCCGCUGGGGGGAAGGGCCGCCCACCUGCGCUGGCGCCCAGGAGAGAGCAGCCAGUGAUGAAGGGCCGGGCAGGCUCCAGGGAUCCCGCAGGACUGGGCUCGCCUUGGGAAUCACUGUCUUUUUACUAAAAGGACUUAGCAGUGUGAUCGCCGUGACCAGAUCCCUGAAGCGUUAGCUGUGUGGCAGCGAGUGUCCUUCCUUCCAUUCUUGGUGUGACUGGACCUCUUGCUCACCCUCCCAGGAGCCUGGAUGGCCCGGCUCCCGCGGCCUGGGGAAGGGCUGUCACCAAGGGCAUGUCUAUGGCUCUAACUACACUGCCAGAACGUUGCAUCUCAGAGGCCUUGAUGCACCUUUCAGCCUUUCUAGGUGGGCAGAUAUCCAUGCCCUGGGCGGUGUAAGCUGUGAACAGAGGCAGGACCGUGUUGUGCAGCUCUGGGGAUGGGAAGUCUGAGGUGAGGCUGUGGGCAGGGCUUCUCCCAGGCCUCAGGCUCCUCUCCCUGUAACUUCACACCGCCCUCCCUCCCCGUGGGCCUGCGGCUCAUAAGGACCCCAGUCAUUCUGGCAUGAGACCUUGCCAUCCCCCAUACAUGACUUCAUGUCCUCUAUGACAUCUUCAAGGUAGUGGGUGACAUAUAAAGUGUCCAUCUCGGGGGCUGGAGAGACGGCUUACCCGUUAACGGUGCAUGCCAGCGAAGCCUGAGGACCCAGGUUUGAUUUUCCAAGCCUCACGUAAGCCAGAUGCAUAGGGUGGCGCAUGCAUCUGGAGUUCGUUUGCAGUGGCGAGAGGCCUUGGUGUGCCCAUUCUCUAUCUCUCU